AUGGACGCCAUCACGACAGGCUGUCUUCGCCGCGUCUUUGCCGGCGAGCAGAUCCAGGAUCCCGUCGUGCAAUGCGUUCAGAUCAAGCCCAUGAACAACUCGGCGUCUGGUGUCGAGAGAUUCCGUGUUGUCUUCAACGACACUGUCAACUUCAUUCAAAGCAUGCUUGCCCAGCAGACAAACCACAUCGUACACGACGGCAAGCUGAAGAAGGGUUCGCUUGUCAAGCUCAAGCAGUUCCAAGCCAACUCGGUCAAGGACAAGCCCAUCCUUGUUAUCAUCGAUCUGGAAGUCCUCGACGAGUACGGUGAAUGCGAAAAGCUUGGCCAGCCUGGCCCGCUCGAAGUAGUCAAGUCUGACUCCGAGCCUGCCGCCGCUCCACCUCAAGCACAGCCCGCCAGCAUCUCCGGCAACCAGUUCUACGGCAACAAGCCUCAGCAACAGCAGCAGCAGCAGCAGCAACCGCAACAAGCCGCGCCGCAAAGACAACUGCCUACUCGCUCCCAAAAUGCUCCCCAUGGCGGCAACAUUUACCCCAUCGAAGCCCUCUCACCAUACCAGCCCAGAUGGACCAUCAAGGCUAGAUGUUCGCACAAGGGUGAUAUCAAGACAUGGCACAACAAGAAUGGCGAGGGCAAGCUCUUCAGCUGCAACUUCCUCGACGAGAGUGGCGAGAUUAGAGCGACUGGUUUCAAGGAAGCCGUAGACCAGUGGUACGACGUGUUGCAAGAGGGCUCGGUCUACUACGUGUCUUCGUGCAAGGUUCAGCUGGCCAAGAAGCAAUUCUCCAACGUUAACCACGACUACGAGCUCACCUUUGAGAGGGAUACCAGCAUUGAGAAGGCAGAGGACAACGAGGGCGUUCCUCAAAUCACCUACAACUUCACCACUCUCGCCGAUCUCCAGAGCGUUGAAAAGGACACCACCAUCGAUACUAUCGGUGUACUCAAGGAGGUUGCCGAAGUCAACGAGAUCGUCUCCAAGACGACCUCUAAGCCAUUCAGCAAGAGAGAGUUGACUUUGGUCGACGACACUGGCUAUAACGUCCGUCUCACGAUCUGGGGCAACACCGCCAUCAACUUUGACGUUGCCCCCGAGACUGUGAUCGCGUUCAAGGGCGUCAAGGUCAGCGACUUCGGCGGUCGCAGUCUGUCACUUCUCUCAUCAGGCACAAUGAACGUGAAUCCCGACAUCGACGAGGGCCACAAGCUCAAGGGCUGGUACGACGCUCAAGGUCGUAACGACACGUUCUCAUCACACGCCAAUAGCAUGGCCACAACAUCGACGAGCGGACGUAACGACCAGAUGAAGACCAUCGCUCAAGUGCGGGACGAAAACUUGGGCAUGGGCGAGUCGACGGACUACUUUUCUCUAAAGGCUACCAUCGUCUUCGUCAAGUCAGACAGUACUUUCGCCUACCCUGCCUGCCUGUCAGAAGGAUGCAACAAGAAGGUGGUCGAGGUUGCAGAGGGAGAGUGGCGCUGUGAGCGAUGUGACAAGGGCUGGCCCAAUCCCGAGUGGAGAUACAUCAUGAGCAUCAACGUCAGUGAUCACACAGGACAGAUGUGGCUCAGCUUGUUCGAUGAUGUGGGCAGAAUGAUCAUGGGCAGACCUGCCAACGACAUCAUGAAGAUGAGAGAUGAGAUGAAUAACGCCGAGAGGGAGGUGUUCGCCAACGCCGUCUGCCAGACUUACGUCUUCAGAUGCAGAGCCAAGAUGGACACAUUCCAAGACCAGCAGAGGGUGCGUUACCAAGUCUCAUCAGCUGGACCUGUCAAUUGGUCGGCAGAAGGAAAGAAGCUUGCAGAUAUGAUCAAGCAGUACAGCCUGUCGGACAACAGCGACAGUCUAUUUGUCAACUAA